AUGGAUGAACUAACUGAUGCAUUCUACCACUGGCGUCUAGCAGCCCCUGGAUACAACCGGCUCCUCAAAAUCAUAUGCCCCAAAUAUCUAUCGAGAAAGGAGGCGGACGAUAUCAUGUGUCAAUUCAACGAGAUUUGGGUUAACGACAAGCAGGUUCUUUGGAGCGGCGUCGAUCAUGACUUGGCCGAAGAAUGGGCAGAGCAGCGCGGGAUGCAAACGCUCACUUGCGCCAUGGGCCCUCUGAUGAACUGGACCCAUCCAAAGUGCAGGAGAAUCUACAAAUCUAGCGUACAAUGGACCAGAUACAUGAAGGGUGUUUCCGCGAUCUUCGCCUGGAAAAUUGCCCAAGGCCAGACCACUACCCUCUUGACCCCUCCGCCGCCUGUCCGCUUUCACCCGUCUGGGUUGACAAAUUACCAAGACAUCGAAAGACCAAUUCUCAAAGGGGCAGUUGACGGCGUAGCUGUUGGCAAAAUUGUUGUGGUACAUCCAGAGGUUGAUGGGGCUGAGGACAUGGCGUAUGAAUAUUGGCCCAAGGACCAUGUGGCCAAGUGGUACGCGAAUUAUGGUUCCAAGAAGCAUGGAACUACGAGAUGGAGAAAAAUAAGUGCUACAAUCUGGCCAACCAAGGUAGAUAAACACCCCGAACCUUCCAGAACGGAAACGACGGGUGAAAUGGAGGCUUUCUUGGUCACUGGCUUACAUCUCUUCGUCGCAGGUUGCAUACAUUUAGUUGCUUCAUAUGGGAUACUGGUGUAUUAUUUUGCCUCCACACUCUACCCACGAAAUCGUGGGUACAGUCGUGUGCAUGAUAAACCUAUAAGGCUUAUCAUCACUCAGAGGAGUGAUGUUGAUCUAGACGUAAACGUUGAAGAAGCAGCCGAACCGGCUGCUUUACUCCUUUCUGUGCCUCGGUCAUCACCCAUGAAGACUGAUGAGUCGGUCAUGGAUGGUGUCAAGAGACUCAGAUGUACCGAUGUACACCGGUAUUCCACCAACGGCGGCAAAGGAAACAAAAUGAAACGGCUGAAGUGCAGGCAGCGAUGGGGUCCAAAAGACAAGAUUGACAGUAUGAGAAACUGA